ACGACCUCGGGCGACAGUGCCACACGAACCGCCGCAGCGAACGGUGGCUUUGAACGCGAACCUCGCGAUCGCGCGCGAAGGUGUACAUUGUUUACAUUCCUUACGUCGGAAGUGAAGCUUCUCUUUCACUCUUCCGUGACUCGAUCUCUCGUGAUUGACCGCGCCCUUUCAAGUUUCAAAAAUCUUUGAUCUCAAUUUGCAGCAUCUCGGAUAUAGUUCCUUGAUCGUCGAGCGUUCCCACAUUCUCCGAACGACAGUUUCCACUACAUAAUGUGCGCGUUGUUGUUAGUGCUAGUCACGUCGCUCUUGGCCUUUUCGAAUGUCCAUGUGUCCGUCGCGCGCGACGUCGACUUCUGUUUCGCGGAUGAGGAUGAUCCGUAUCUGUACAUGGCCACAAAGACUGCAUAUCAUUUCGUUCACGGUGGCAAGACCCGGUUUCAAAUAGUACCGAAUUGUCGACCGGUGCAAAUCUGGAUGCUCGCAGCACACGGUACUCGCUGCCCGACCGUUGACGAGAUCAACGAAAUCGUCGCUUUAACCGAUGUCAAAGAGCAUAUACUCAACAAUCAUGAAACGCGUGGUGAGGGUCACUUGUGCAAUCGAGAUCUGGAGAAUCUGCGAAGAUGGCAGCCGGACGAUUAUUUGUCCCCGCAGCGGGCGGAAGUUCUGACGCCACAAGGGGUGGAGGACAUGAGGUUACUGGCGAGAAGGUUGCAGAGCAAUUUUCCGGAACUAUUAUUGCCCGAUGCCAGCAAUAUCACGCCUGCCAAUUACAAGUUCCGUGCUACUGAAGCGCGCGAAAGUAUGGCAUCUUUUAUGGAGGGUCUAUUCGGAAGCAGGGUAGCCGUGCUUUCCGAGGACAGUCCUCUUAAUGAUACUUUACUUAUGGCAUAUAAAACAUGCGGAGUAUGGAAAAACGAUAAACAGCAUGAACAAUCGCUCGAAGAUACGGAACGUAGGAAAUUUGAUGCUGGAUCAGAAUUUCAGAAUCUUUUGAAGAAUGUCAGCCGACGACUUGGUUUUCUAAACAAUAUCUCUACCGAAAGAAUCGACGCAAUGUACGACGCCUGUCGAUACGAGAAAGCUUGGACCGUGACCAAACUUUCACCUUGGUGUGCCGUCUUUAGCAAAGAAGAGCUCCGCAUUUUGGAGUAUAGGGAGGAUCUUGAUUACUAUUAUAAAGCAGGCUACGGACGAAAUAUCAAUGCUCGUCUAGGAUGUCCUCUUCUGCGCAACAUGAUGCAACAUUUCGGGAAUAUAGCGAGGGAUCAAAUGUCGGGCGAACCCACAGGCAUCUUCUACUUUAGUGACAUAAUCAGUCUGCAAAAUCUCCUAACUGCGAUGGGCAUAAACGAGGACUCGACGCAGUUGACCAAUUACAAUUACAAGGACAUGGCUAGACGACAGUGGCGUACAUCUAUGAUAUCAUCCUACGCCGCGAAUCUCAUCGCCGUAUUUUACAAAUGUAAUGACAGCAACGAUCGCAAUAAAGUAAUGUUUUACCUGGCGGAAAAACCAGUGCGAUACGAUGGCUGCCAAGUUGGUCUCUGCGACUGGGAAUUUUUGAAGAGGAAAUUCGAUAACUUGGUGUCCAGUUGUAAACACGAUGUCUGUUCGGAACUAAAUGGAGCAUCUUCCAGCUUCCCAGAUUCCAUAGCUAUCCUAUUAGUAUGCGUUGUUCUAGUCCGCCUUGGUUAUAGUCGACAACUGUAAAUAAUUUAUUGUUACAUAUUUCCUGUUUCAGUUAAUUAGAUUUUAAAUUGUCAAAUAUUAAUAAAAGAAUAGUGUUUUUUCUUAGAAAAACCGCGUAAAAGAUUAAGAUAUUAAAUUGCAUACACUUGCAUAGAGCAAUUAAAUUCGUAUCGAUACAUUUUUGCAGCUCUUUAUAAGUAUCAAAUAUAUUAAA